AUGAGGACUCUUAAGCUUCAGCUCGACUACGUUCUGGCGAGGAACAUUCCUCAGUCAGAUGUCCGAAAAUCUAGAGCUGUUUGGGACGUCGCGUUCGACUCUGACCACCGUCCAGUUCUUCUCAGCUUCAAGAUACGGUUCCACAAGAGAAAUAGAGGAGUUCCUCUUCAACCGAAAAUCGACAUGACAGGUCUGAAAGAUGAUGAAUGCAGAACAAAAUUCCGCCAACGUGUGUCUAUUCAUGUUGGAGUACGGACCAAGAAGAAGCUUCGCGAUGCGGAUUCCUUCACAAAGUGCAUCCAGGACGCUGCAAAGGAAACGCUCCCGGUUCUAUUGCCGCGGAAGAAGUUUGCCUUUGCAUCUGCGGAAACAAAAUCCACAUACAAUUCUGUAUGUGACGCGCGCAGCGCUGGUGACUUCAAUCAGGAAAAGCGUCUUAGAAGGAAGCUGUGUCGUCAACUGCAACAAGACCGCGAUAACGAGUGGAUGUCAAGAGCGAUGGAGUUUGAGAAGGCGUGGGGGGACAGGAACCCGCAGAAAGCCUAUGCUCGACUAAAACAGUAUAGCAGCAAAUUGAAAAGAUGUUCUCCUGUCCUCAACACUGCUAAUGAAAUAACUGUCGGUGAAGCAACCCUUCCAAUUUGGAGGGAAUAA